AAAUAGACGGAACAUCAACGGAAGGGUAACGUGAGCGUCUCAAUUGAAACCUCCUGAAGAAUAGCUCAAUCAGUUCUGUAAAUUGAUCGGCCGCACACAAUAUUUUAUCCAGGACGUUAACCUUCUCUUUGAAAUCGCCUCCUAAAAUUGCUCUUUUUCUCCAUCUCCUGAAAUAGAAAUUGAAAUUGAUAAAUGAAUUUCUCAUUUAGAAUGGAUUUUCAAUUUUUAAUUUUUUAACACUCAAAUGAGAAAUUGCAUCACCACUGGCCUCUGCCCAAUCUCUUUACCACACUCCGGUCUGAUGGUCUUCCCUCUCGCGCUCUCUGUCUCAGUCUCAUUCUUAAUCGCUACUUUCUAAUCGAAAGAAUCCAAAAACUGUGGCAUUUUGAAAUCGACUCAUCUUAUUCUCUGCCCGAGUCUCCUUUAAAACCCCACUUAGUGAGAGAAGCUUUUCUCAGAAGCUAGAGAGAGAAACAAAAUCAACAGAGUAGAGAGAGAGAGCUUCGAUCGACAAUGGUGUCUAGGGUUUGUAUUUCCUUUCUCAUUUGCAUUCUCUUUGUUUCAUCGUUGAAUGUGAUUUCAGCUGAGGAGACUGAAUCGAAAGAAUCAAAAAAGGAGUUCAUUCUCACUUUGGAUCAGUCUAUCUUCUCCGAUACUAUUAGAAUUUUCGAGUCUGAAAGAUAAUUCGGGUAUUAUGUGGCUUCCGUUGUUGUUGACUGAUCAAUGUAAUUGCUCGUGGUUUUGAUUGCAAGAGAAUAAUUAUUAUGUUUGUUUGGAACUUAAUAGGUAAUGAAUUUAGGUGUGUUUGUUUGUACAAGAAUUGCGUGUGAAUUAUAGUGUAUAUAUGUUUAUAUAUACUUGAUGAGAAUAUGUUAAGACUCAUGUUACUGUUAUGACAUUCAAGCUAUUUACAUUGUACAUUGGUUAUAAACUAUUCUGAAUUUUUGAUUUUAUGGGGAUUUUUUUUUUUUUGGAAUUUUGAUCAAUAUUCAUGAGUCAUGGCAUAUGUGGAAUAUAGUUUAAAUGAUCAAAUUUAUGCAUAUUCUAAUAAAGAAAAAAUUGUUAUUGAUUGUGCUUAUUGUCAGGCAAAUGAUGCUCAACUUAGUACAAUGGUUGCUGAGCAGGUUGAGCAAGCAGCUGGGCUUGAAUCAUUAGCUUUAUCUGUGAAGACAAUAAAUCAGCUUCGUGAAAAUUUUGUUUCUAUUGAUAAUCUGUGUCAAGAAUGUCAGAAUUUAAUAGACAAUCAUGACCAGAUAAAGCUCCUUAGCAAUGCAAGGAAUAACUUAAAUACAACUCUUAAGGUAGGUGAGCUUGACCUUGCCGAAGUUUUAAGUAAAUGCAUAACGCAUCUAAUUUUAUGCGCAUGUGCUUGUAAGCAUGUUAUAUUUUCUUGUUUGAGCUGUAUGUGAAUUAAAUUUAAUUGCUAAGAUGAGGUCGCAUUUUUCUUUUUCAUGCUCAU